AUGGCCUCGGGGUUUGGGGGCAGUGCGGGCCCUGACCCUCUCAUACUCCUGCUGGUGGCUAUCUUGUUGGCUCGUUUCCUCCUGUGGUCCUGCCUUGGGGCCUUCAUUGACUACAGACUGGCCCGGCAGCUCCCACGCAAGCCCAAGGAGGACUAGGGCCACCGGGGAAGGAUGAGAGGGCUAGCCCCAGGGCCCGGCCUGCCCGAGGUGGGAGGUCCUGCCUGGGUCUCGGCCUGCAGGGAUGGGGUGAGUGUGAAGCCAGUGGUCUUUGAUUCCCAUCCCUGAGACAGCUACCCGUAGGCACAGAGAGGCCUGGUUGGAACACGCUUACCCAGUCUGACCAGGGGUGCCUAGUGGGGGUGGCCACCCACGUGUGGGGACAGAGGGACCCCACUGCCUCUCAGUCCCCCAGCUUCUGGGGUCUCCUGUUGGAGUGACCCUGAGGAUCGGUCUUGCCUCCCAUUCUUUAUAAAUACAUUCUUGGGAAUCGCAA